AUCGCAUCCGUCCGCCACCACCUCAAAAACAAAAUUAUCCAAUAAUUCGACGGCCGCAAUAGCAUGACGCCGGCCAAAACAGACAGGCCCCCCCUUCGGACACCAGUAUCAGGUUACUCUCUCUUUCUCUCGCUCCAACCUCCAGAAUUAGUUGCAGACACACAUUCAACCACCCACCCCCUGCAGACUACCCCGCCCAUUUCUCCCCAAAUCCUCUACUAUUCCGAAAUUAGCUUUCGCGAAAGCAAACAGCCAAUCCCACGCUAACGUGGUCCAAACAAGUUCGCUAGUGGUCCUUCUUCGUCUCCUCUUCCCCUCGGCCUCGCCGCAAUCUCUCGACAACUCUCACUCAUUAGACCAAAGCUAGCUUGCGCAGACAGCCGUCGUUUAAUCCACACCACCCAUCAGCCAAGACGCAUUUCUUUUACCACAGCAUUCCAUAGCUGGGUCCAUCGUUUCAGUUCUCACUGGUUUCUGCCCCUGGCGCCAAUACUUCUGUCAAAGGCCUGCGGCUGACUGCAGGAAUUAACCCGGACAGUCUCACAGCCGUUCCAUGCCCUGUGCUCUGAUUUGCCCUGCCAUCUAACCGUUCUUCUCCAUCUUCCGCCAGCUCUUCUGUUACAUUGCCGUUCUUGGACCCUUUGACUGUCUCCUGCCCGUCCGUCUGUCCGUUUAUAAUUCCCCAUCGCCACGUGGUGGCUCGCUUCUCCUGCAUCAAGCUACCACCUUUUGUUUAUCUCACGCCCCCAAAUCCCCAUCUGCCACGCUUUCCAUCUUCAUCUCUAUUUUUUUUUCUUUUAGUUCAUCUGUGGCUUGAGCCUCUUUUCUUUUUUCUUUUGCUAUUUACGAAGAGACGAUACAGAUUUUCAAACACUAGCGACUAUCGUGUCGCACCAAGCAGCGCCAUGGAUAUCGAGAUGCGCAACGUCGACUUCGCCGAGUCGAAAGUCGGCCACAAUGGCGGCACUCUUGGGUCGCAAGAGAAUAUCGACGCUACAAUCCUCGCCCGGAUGGGUAAAAAGCAAGUUCUCAAGAGAAACUUUGGCUUCUUGUCCAUGUUGAGCUUCAGCUGCACGAUUCUCGCCACGUGGGAAGGCGUUCUCAUUCUCUUUGCCACUGGCUUUACAAAUGGUGGUCCGGCUGGCCUAGUCUACCAAUUCCUGCUUUGUUGGGGAGGCACCUUUUGUACAUUUGUCUCCAUUGGUGAGCUUGCGUCCAUGGCACCAACAGCCGGAGGGCAAUACCAUUGGGUCUGCAUGCUUGCGCCGAGAUCUAUUCGCAACUUUGUUAGCUAUUUGACAGGUUGGAUGACGAUCCUUGCUUGGCUUGGUACCAUCGCUACCGGUGCAUUCUUGUCCGCAUCCAUGAUUCAAGCGCUGUGCCUAAUCAACUGGCCCGACUAUGCCAACACCGCCGCCCCAUACCAGGUCACUCUCAUAACCUUUGCCGUUGUUCUUGUCUGUGUCUUCUUCAACACUGUCAUCGGUGGUAUUCUCCCCAAGGUCGAAGGUGCCUUCCUCAUCCUCCACAUUUUGGGUUUCUUUGCCGUCCUCAUCCCAUUGGUCUAUUACAGCCCCAAGGGAACGGCUUCGGAGUUAUUCAGCACCUAUCUUAACGAGGGCCAGUGGCCAACAUAUGGUCUGUCCUUUAUGGUCGGCACACUCGGCGCCGCAUUUUCCUUUGUCGGUGCUGACGCCGCCGUUCAUAUGUCGGAAGAGAUUGCCAAUGCUGCGGUGGAUGUUCCCCGUUCCAUCGUUUGCAGCAUCAUCAUCAACGGCUCCCUUGGUUUCGGCAUGCUCAUCGCUGUCAUUUUUUGUAUGGGCAACCCUAGUGAUGCGCUUGCCGCCCAAGCCACCAUUGGUUUUCCCUUCAUCGAGAUCUUCAUGCAAGCCACUGGCUCCGUUGGUGGUAGCACUGGCAUGUCUGCUAUCCUGGUUGCUCUUGCUUUCAGCACCACCAUUGGAUUCCUGGCUACCGCGUCUCGUAUGAUUUGGUCUUUUGCUCGUGAUAAAGGUUUGCCCUUUUCCGGUACUCUAAGCAAGCUUGGCUCUCGUUCUACAAUCCCAAUUGCUGCUGUCAUCGUUGCCAGUAUCAUCCCUUGCUUGCUUGCGCUCAUCAACAUUGGCUCUACCACUGUCUUCAAUGAUGUCACCUCGCUCGCGCUUGUUGGCUUCUACAGCACAUACUUCAUGUCCAUUAGUCUGCUCCUGUAUCGCCGUAUCACUGGCGCUAUCCGCAUGCCUGGUGCAGGAUCUCCCCCGUCGCCGGCAAUGUUGAACGCCGAGACAGGCGAGUAUGAGUUGACAUGGGGUCCGUGGCACGUGUCCGGCUGGCUGGGCAUCGUCAACAACAUUGUUGCGUGCGCAUACCUCAUUGUCAUUUGGCUGUUUGGAUUCUUCCCACCCGCUCUACCCGUGACUGCUGCCACCAUGAACUAUAGCAGCUUGGUCUUUGGUGGCACCGUCUUGUACAGCGUUGUGUACUACUUCGUUUGGGGCAAGAAGCAGUACAACGGUCCUAUUGUGGAAAUUGUGGCAUAGUGCUCUUUGACUGUUGUCUUGGAUUUGUAUUAAUUUCAGCAUGCUAAGCACAUCUCUUGCAUAGUUGGUUUUUUGAUUCACUCGUCUACGAUCAUAUACAUGGUAUAUACGAUAAUAAAAAGUCUGAGUAUAUG